GAAAAAAAUUGGGAUAAUUGCAUGUAAUUUCUGGUGUUUUUUUUUCCUGUAAGAUUGAGAAGCUGCAACAGUGGUUGUUUUCAGUUCCAGAGUUCUUUGAAAAGGUAUAAUCCUCCUGCUAAUCCUGGAAAUAAAUUAUGGAGGAUAAAAGUGGUAUUAGUCCAAGUGGGGUCAUCACAUCUAAGGGAGAUGAAGCUUUGGCGUCAAGAACAGAGUUUCAACAAAACCCUAACUUUCUCCAAUUCGUAAGUCCCACCACGGUGGUGACUCCUUCUCCUCCUCCUCCUCCCCCUCCUUCUGUUCAGACUCCGGCUUCAACCACCGUGAAUCCUGGCUCAGCCACCGCAGCAGCAGCUCUGCCGUUGCCGAUCUCCAGCUCAGGGUCAGAUCUAACGAAGAAGAAGAGAGGAAGGCCAAGGAAGUACGCUCCAGAUGGAAGUUUGAACCCUAGGGCUUCGAGACCAACUCUCUCUCCAACACCAAUCUCAUCUUCGAUUCCCUUCUCUGGAGAUUAUAAUUCUCAUUGGAAACGAGGAAAAGCUCAGCAACAGCAGCAGCAUGUUGAUUUCGUCAAGAAACCUCACGGCUUUGAGUAUGGAAGCAGUCCAGCUACUCCUACUCCUCCUCCUCCUUCUGCUGGGCUCUCAUGCUAUGUGGGUGCGAAUUUCACAACACAUCAGUUUACUGUCAAUGCUGGCGAGGAUGUAACGAUGAAGGUUAUGCCGUACUCGCAAGGAUCUAGAGCUAUAUGCAUUCUUUCUGCAACUGGUUGCAUCUCUAAUGUCACACUUCGUCAAGCUACCACAUCAGGCGGCACUCUUACAUACGAGGGUCGAUUUGAGAUACUUUCGCUGUCUGGUUCCUUUAUGCCUACUGAUAACGGAGGAACUAAAGGUCGGUCUGGUGGUAUGAGCAUUUCUUUAGCCGGACCAAAUGGUAAAAUCAUCGGCGGUGGCCUUGCCGGUAUGCUCAUAGCAGCUGGUCCUGUUCAGGUGGUAAUGGGAAGUUUCAUUGUGAUGCAUCAAGCAGAACAAACGCAGAAGAAGAAACCUCGAAUCACUGAGGCUUCUCCUCCACCACAAUAUUCUUCUCCUCCACCACAACGACCACCUCCGGGUUUUACAAUAACCACCGUGAAUUCUACUUCACCGGUGGUGGCCACAGUAGAGGAGCCAAAACAACUAACCUACGGUGGUAGUGGUGGUGGUGGUGGUAUAGUGAGACCGAUGCCUCCUCAAAUGACUUCUUCUUUCGACAACGACAAUUCAGCUAUGAACAAUUUCACUACGACCUUUCAGGGAUAUGGGAAUAUGAACACGGCUGUUAACAAAGACGAAGAUGACUAUGACGAUGGUGGUGGUGAUGAAGAUUCCGGCGACACCAGGAGCCUAUCUACUAGUGGUUGAGCAUUUUCUCGGAUUUACUUGUGUAGAAAGUAAGGGACUUUUUAAGGUCAAGAAAGUUUCGGCAGCUAUUCUUUUCUUUGCUUUGCUUUAUUUUUAGAUGAUUGUUUUAGGUGUGAGACAUUUUCUUCCCUGCGUGUGUGUUUUCUAGAGUAUUUGUUUUUGUGAUCGGUUUAGCUUAAUUAUGUUGAAACCAUCGAUUGAACUAUGUUGUAUGGUUGCUGUUAUUGGGACUAGAAUUUACUAUAUUUUUU